AGAGCUUCACGCCCAGCGGGCGGGACCGGCGCCUGGUUGUGUCCCGCGGCAGCCGCACAUGACGCAGGUUGUGCGCGCCGGCCACGGGCGGGGGGUAAGAUGGCGGUAGCGCGGCUGUCGCUGAACUUGGGGGAGGUGGAGCGGCUGGACUUCCUGAAAGAACGGCAUGUUUGUUUUUUCCAGCGUUGUCUCCAGAUCCUGCCCGAGCGGUACUCGUUCCUGGAGACCAGCAGGUUGACAAUUACGUUUUUCGCACUCUCUGGUCUGGAUAUGUUGGAUUCCUUAGAUGUGGUGAACAAAGACGAUAUAAUAGAAUGGAUAUAUUCCCUGCAGGUCCUUCCCACAGAAGACAGCUCAAAUUUAAAUCGCUGUGGAUUCAGAGGCUCUUCAUAUUUAGGGAUGCCAUUCAAUCCAUCCAAGGGUCCUGGUAUGUCUCAUCCCUAUGAUAGUGGGCACAUAGCAAUGACUUACACAGGUCUUUCAUGUCUGGUUAUUCUUGGAGAUGAUUUAAGUCGAGUAAAUAAAGAUGCCUUACUGGCAGGACUGAGAGCUCUCCAGCUGGAGGAUGGAAGUUUCUGUGCUGUGCUGGAAGGGAGUGAGAAUGAUAUGAGGUUUGUGUACUGUGCUUCCUGCAUCUGCUACAUGCUCGAUAACUGGUCAGGCAUGGAUACAAAAAAAGCGGUAGACUACAUUAGAAGAAGUAUGUCUUAUGAAAAUGGCCUGGCACAAGGAGCUGGACUGGAAUCUCAUGGUGGUUCUACAUUUUGUGGUAUUGCAUCACUGUGUUUGAUGGGUAAACUGGAGGAAGUUUUUUCAGAAAAAGAACUGAACAGGAUAAGAAGGUGGUGUAUAAUGAGACAACAGAAUGGCUACAAUGGACGACCCAACAAACCUGUAGAUACCUGCUAUUCCUUUUGGGUGGGAGCAACUUUGAAGCUCUUGAACAUAUUCCAAUAUACAAAUUUUGAGAGAAACCGCAAUUACAUCCUGUCAACUCAAGAUCGUCUUGUUGGUGGAUUUGCCAAAUGGCCAGAUAGCCAUCCAGAUGCUUUACAUGCCUACUUUGGGAUUUGUGGCUUGUCGUUAAUUGGAGAAACUGGUAUUUGCAAAGUUCAUCCUGCCCUGAAUAUAAGCACAAGAACCUCAGAGCACCUUCACCAUCUCCAUCAGAUCUGGAACAAGGACUCUAAACAGUGUUCAGACAACACGCACAUCUCUACAUGAAUGAUUUAGACUUGAUUUUAGUUCUGAUAGCAUAAUUGUAUCCCAAGUUUAAAAGCCAUGUAUAACCAGUGUGCUCUUUUAAGUGCUUAAGUCAUACAAUCAGAUCUGUGUUGCUGGCAUCAUUUUGAUAGGUAAUUGCCUCCAGACAGUUAUUCUGCACCGAGGGAAAAGGAAAUAUUUUGGAUAUAUAGAAGUUUGUCACCACAGAUGGUAAAGAGAUCUUCAAAUGGCUUUACUUCUAAGAAAUACCUUGAGGCAAUUGAAUUUAAUUUUUAUUUUUUAUUUUUAAAAUUUGUGCAUACUGUGUCAAAAUAUAUAAUGGGAAAGUAUUUUCAAAAUCUGUUUACAUAUCAUACAGUAUAGCACAGAACCUUGAAGUUCUUUAUUACAUUAAUGACUGACAUUUUGGGGGAAAGAAUCUCCCAUAUUAAGUCUCAGUUAAAAGUUACCUUUUAUCAUCUAUUUUCAGAUUCCAUAAACUUUGUUUUUUUUUUAAGUAGAUACAAAUAAAAUUAUUUUAUUUAAUAUACUGGACUUUUAAAGUUGUGUGGCCUUACUAAAUGUAUUUCAUAAUUCUACUGAUUAGCUUCUAUACAGAUGCAGUGAAUCAUUAGCCAGACACAGUGUUUUGGACUGAAAUAUUCUCUUCAUGGGAUAUUAAUGAGAGUGCAGUGUAUUGAUGUAUAGCAUUAAGAGAUAUUCAGCACAGAAUAGCUGUGUGUGAGAGAAGCAUUAGAACCUCAUGAGGUUCAACAAGGCCAAGUGCAAGG